CCUCACUUCUUUCAGGCUAUAAAAUUUCCCUAAUUCUUCUGUAAUAUUUACGCUUUGUAGAGUUUGAAUCUUUUUCAAUUUACUUUUCUUCCCUUUUAGACAUUUCUCUUUACGACGAGAUUUUACCCUAAACUUUCACUCUAACUAUCGCUUCUUGCAAAAAAUUCUCUGGAUGUGACUUUCAAGAGAAAAGGCGGGGACGAUCCAAACAAGCUUUAAAUAACUUUUGCAUGUUUUUUUCGAUAAGACAUUAACAACAAUAAUUAUACUAGCAUGUUGUAAAUAAUUAUUGCUAGUUUGCGCAUGAAACUGAGGGAGCGAAAUUGUUAAAUCGCGCUUGCUGCCGCAACAGACAAGACAAAUAGUUUGGUUAACCGUCUCAAUAAAACCCGGGAAUUAGAGCCACGCUUUUUAAUCUCUGUUUACACCUACUUUGUAUUCCUCGGUGGAACACAAGUUAAAAAUUGAUAAUCAAUUUGAAAUGACUGCACUUGUGGAAAUUUUAACGUAGAUAUUGUGUGCGGUAUUUCACGUCCAUGUUUGCUAAAAGACAUUUGGUAUUCAUCCCUCGAGAUCAUGCCUCCCAACAAAAUGUAAUUUUUUCAUCCCGGCAACGUGAAGAGCAUGCUAUCGGAUGGGUAAUUUGGUUAUUUUACGUUUCGUUUAUUGCCGCUUUAUUGACUUCGUAUUUAAUUAUUUGCGGCAUAAAAGUGCAUUGGAAAAUCUCGUUCAAGGAAUCUACGAAGAAAUCUGAUCGUUAUGCGCAUUGCGUGAUUCACGCACAUUAUUUGUUUUUUCUUCUCAGAAUAAUAUUAGGUUUAAUCCUUUAAAAGGAUGGCUGUUCAUGCAACUGAACCAUAAAGGAAGUUUCAGAAAUGUCAUAUUCUAAUCGCUGCUUGCUGAUUAGCCAAAUCAAAUUAUAAUAUUAAUCUGCAUUUACUCCCAAAACGCGCCCCUGCUGAGGUCAACCAAAUCGAUGGUUUCAUCACAAAGGAAACAACAUUUCUCACCUCAAUAUUCUAUAUUGUGGCACAAUCGAUCUUAACAUCAAAUACACUUGCAUCCGAGCUUGUACAUACAAUAUUGGCUUAAAUAGAGUGUACUUUACAAUGAAUGUUUUAUGCCUGUAAUCAUUGUAAAGUAUGCGUUACUGUUAUAUUCAAAUUGUGUUUGACUAAAUUUUUAUUUAAGAUGCGGCGUGUUUAUACAAUAAGGAACCAGAGAGAAUGAUAAAAACACCAUUAUGGCUGCUCCUCCAGAUCUCUCCCAUAAAGAACGAGCGGGAUUUGGUCGUUCUGUUCCUUUUAACAUUUCGGGACAUAACGGCCUUGAAACAGCCUAUCGAGACGGACGAUACCAAAGGAGGUUUAUCCAAGUUUGCGAAAUUGGCUCGUUCUGUGACCCGGAGUCGGUCCGUUUUAGUGUCUCAGUUUUCCUCCCAUCUCCCCAACUUGAAAGACACCACGAAGCAGUCACACCUGGCACAAAUGAUGAGUUUGAGUGCAGAUAUAAUGCCGCAGUAUCGUCAGGAAGCCCCCAAGACUCCGCCCCACAUCUUGCUCCAUUACUGCGCUUUCAAGGCCAUCUGGGACUGGAUCAUCCUGUGUCUAACGUUCUACACGGCCAUCAUGGUCCCUUAUAACGUGGCUUUUAAGAACAAAACUUCCGAAGAUGUGUCUCUGCUCGUUGUGGAUUCCAUCGUUGAUGUGAUAUUCUUCAUCGAUAUUGUUUUGAACUUUCAUACGACUUUUGUUGGACCUGGCGGGGAAGUCGUUUCCGAUCCUAAAGUUAUCAGGAUGAACUACUUAAAGAGUUGGUUCAUCAUCGAUUUGUUGAGCUGUCUGCCUUACGAUGUUUUCAACGCCUUUGAUCACGACGAGGACGGCAUUGGCAGCCUCUUCAGCGCGCUGAAAGUGGUGAGAUUGUUACGACUGGGUCGUGUCGUCCGCAAACUGGAUCGCUACUUGGAAUACGGGGCUGCGAUGCUCAUCCUGCUUUUGUGCUUUUAUAUGUUGGUGGCACAUUGGCUGGCUUGCAUAUGGUACUCCAUCGGCCGUUCGGACGCCGAUAAUGGUGUCCAGUACAGCUGGCUUUGGAAAUUGGCGAACAUAACGCAAAGUCCUUAUUCGUACGUGUGGCCGAACGACACCAAUACGCCAGAACUAAUAAAUGGCCCCUCGAGGAAGACGAUGUAUGUGACGGCGUUGUAUUUCACCAUGACUUGCAUGACCUCGGUGGGAUUCGGGAACGUGGCUGCGGAGACGGACAACGAGCGGAUUUUCACUAUUUGCAUGAUGAUUAUAGCUGCACUUCUGUAUGCAACAAUCUUCGGGCACGUGACGACAAUAAUUCAGCAGAUGACUUCAGCCACGGCUAAAUACCACGACAUGCUGAACAACGUAAGGGAGUUCAUGAAGCUCCACGAAGUCCCUAAAGCCUUGUCAGAACGAGUAAUGGAUUACGUCGUUUCGACAUGGGCUAUGACCAAAGGGCUCGAUCAAGACAAGGUCUUGAAUUUUUGUCCUAAGGACAUGAAGGCUGAUAUUUGCGUCCAUUUAAAUCGAAAAGUGUUCAACGAGCAUCCAGCUUUUCGUCUGGCUUCGGAUGGAUGUCUCCGUGCGUUAGCAAUGCAUUUCACCAUGUCUCAUUCGGCUCCCGGUGACCUUCUUUAUCACACUGGAGAGUCCAUCGAUUCACUUUGUUUCAUUGUCACCGGAUCACUUGAAGUGAUACAAGACGACGAAGUAGUAGCAAUUUUAGGCAAGGGAGACGUUUUCGGCGACUCCUUUUGGAAAGAUAACGCUGUAGGACAGUCCGCGGCAAAUGUGCGUGCUUUAACAUACUGUGAUUUACAUACGAUAAAAAGGGACAAGCUUUUAGAAGUGUUGGACUUUUAUCAAGCUUUCGCAAAUAGCUUCGCUAGAAAUCUAAUCCUAACUUACAACCUAAGGCAUCGUCUGAUAUUCCGAAAAGUCGCCGAUGUCAAAAGAGAGAAAGAACUGGCAGAACGGAGAAAAAACGAGCCGCAAUUAGACCAAAACCAGGAUCAUCUCGUCCGCAAAAUUUUCUCCAAAUUUAGAAGAGACAGGAGCCAGCAACAAUCAACAGCAAAUUCUCAACACUCCUCCGACGUUGAAAAAGGCGAAGAAUCAGGCGAUAAAGCAAUGACACGCGUCAUGUCAACAACAAAAUUAUCAUCAGUGGCGGAGAAGGACGACAGCAGUGGUGGCGGCGUCAAAACAACAGUUGCCAGACCUGCAGCUGGUCGGACAAGUAAGUGGGGUCGUCUCCUGGGUUCGGCAAGUCUCGACUCAGGAUCGGAAAGUUCAACCCCAGCCCAGCAAGCAUUCACUAGGAGUCUUAGCGCUAAGGACACGAUGAAAGAGCGACCAAGCUCCUCAUCUUCGGGUAGUUCAGGGAGUCAACCAACUCCAGGUUCCGGGAACAAAGUUUUCCCAAAGUUGCAGAAAGUUUCAACAAACUCAUCACCCGGAAUCACCCGACAGGACACAAUCGAGGAAAUGGUCGAAGUCGAGCCGCAACACCACUCCCGGAAUUUAUCUCUGAGGAAGAUGCAGAGCUACGAUUGUGGUCUAAGGGACCCUUCGACGGCCUCCAUGUACCAAACGCCGCUGCCAGACCCUAUAGCGCCUCCCGAAUACAAGGAAUUGAUGACAAACUUAAUGGACUUUAAAGUUGAUGUUAAAUUGGAAAUCCAGAGACUCAACCAGAAGAUGAACCGGAUGGAAGAGUUGCUGACGGAGCUAGUGAAGCGGAUAAGUCCCGAAAGUGGUUCAAGCUCACCUCAGGGCGACUCUGAGCCCAAACCAAAGUCUUCCAGUGCCGGCUCAGGACCGGAAAGACCCACCGAACUCUUGCCGCGACCAAGUACGUCCGAAGGAACCGGUUUAGGGCCUAUUAUUUUACGCAAGAGACGAUCGAAGAGUCGGAUCAAAGGCACGGCGCCUCAGAUCCCCACCCCCAGUAGCGGGAAGGUUACUUCGCCCGAAAGUUCAGCAACGAGUCCAACUGAAACAACUAAAAUGCUGGAUGAGCCAGUGCUCACGCCGUCCUCUCGCAAACCUAAGGACUUUCUUUAGCGAAUUUUAGCGAUUUUUAUAGGAUAGUUUCGCCUGCCACUAAGAGUAGAUUUCGUUUCGGGGCUGACAGAUUCUAUUGUACAAAUCAAAUUGAUCACAUUUCAUCUAGCUUCAUCUUUUGAGCAUGUUUUAUUAUGUAAAUAACGGGAACUUAAACAUAGCUUAGAUUACUACAAAAACGGCCAUAAUCACACGUCUGUCAUUAAAUUAAUGAUUAGCAUUACAUGGGUUUUUUGGCCACACUUGCCUUGUGCUCUAUAACUAAGAGCUUUUAUAGUAGUUUGUAAAACUCACGCUACUAGCGCUCUAUAUUUAUAAACACCAAAAGUAAUAUUGCAAAAGUUAAGAGAAGUUUAAACUUGUUUUCAAUGGGGAAAGAAAUAUUUAACCGAAUUUUAAACUUCUCGACUAUAGGAUUGUAAAUUAUACAAGAUAUAAAUUUAAGAAGUUUACCUCCAUAUUGUACAGAAUUUUGCCGGCAACUGGUCUGUUAAGUUUAGAAAUAUAAUUAUUACAGGUUUUAUUGUUAAAACUAAUUGUAUUGUUGAUAUUUUACAACGAAAGUAUUAGUUAUUUUAUAGCUUUACGUUGUUGCUGGUAAAAUAUAUCAUAGCAAUAUUCUACUCCUACUCAUUUCUAAACAGAGUUUCAUUACAGAAAUGGAACUCUAAAUAAGCAAAAUGUACAUUUCUAUAUUCAAUUAGCGGUAUUCAAAUGUCCAGCUAAUCUAAAGCGAUUUGUUACGUUUUUGUUUUCUACAUUUAUUGUUAUUGAUUUUAAUAUAUCAAGCGAAGCACUUGAGGUGCUUCUGCAAAUACAUUUCAAUGGAAACCUAUUAUUUCCUCCAAAAUCAAAAUAUAAAAUAAAAGAAAGCACUAAUUUUGCUCAUGCGUGUUAUUGUUAUUACCAUUCUCAUUUCAAAUCGUUUUUUGCUUUCGGACGUAUCGCAGCGGGAACAUAUUUAUUAUAAUAAAUUUUUAUUGUACUGUUGAAGCAAUAAAGACAAUUAAAAAUA